UGACUUGCAAAGGGCGCCAUAUUUGUUACGCACAAUAGAGAUUGAAACAUGGCUGCAACAGCCAGAUCGGACGCGCAAAUGAGACAGAAAUGUAAAAAAAUGCUGGGUUCUAAAGGUUCUCAAGAUCCGAUUGAACGUUUAAGACUACAAUGCCUCAGUCGAGGUUCAGCGGGCAUUAAAGGAAUUGGAAGGUAUGAUUGAGACUUAGUUGGUUGAUUUCAACCUGCGUAAGCCGCUCUAGUAUUUCAGUUGGCUUUUGCGAGUAAAGUUGUAGACCAUCACUUUUUCCUCUGAAGCUUACGUUUCUCAAAAAAUAGGCGUAUUUGAGUUUCAAUUGCCUCUACUGACGUAAAAAAAUGAUAAAAUGAUCUGUGUUUACUAGCCGUACAUGAACAUCUCUUUGCAAUUGUGUAGCAUAAACAGUUUUUUCCGGAAAAUUCUUUUUGUGCAGCACUGCUUAAUUUUGUAAUUGGACAGAUGUCGAUAGAAAAAGUCUUAUAAAGUUAAAGGGUUGAAGUUCUAUGUCGCUGUGACAGAAUGUUAACAGGAAGUGUUCAGUGUUUGCGCUCAUCGUUAAAAUCAUCGACGUUGUGUACAACAUAUGUUAACUUUGCUACUCUCCUUUCUUUCAGAGUUUUCAGAAUUAUGGAUGAUGACAGAAAUAGGUCUUUAGACUUCUCUGAAUUCAAGAAGGGUAUGCGUGAAUACGGCCUCUAUUUGGAUCCUAAGGUACUUUUGUAGCCCUAAGCUGGGGAAGCAAGUCAUGUUCAGGGUUUUCCUUCAAUACGCAUUCUAUACUACUUUGUAUCGUUGUUUUGCAAAACUAGUAAAGCUUAAGUUAAGUUACCUGAAAGGUUGUCAUACACAGCCACCCACACUUGGGUACGUAAUAAACUCUUUGAUUGUGGUUAUGUUUAUUAAAACCUCUUGCAGUAUAAAUAACUGAAAUACAGGUCUGGCUAGCAAAGAGUAAUAAAGCAAUAACGCAAAAUAUUUAGCUAAGGAGAAAGUGAUUGUAUUAGCAACCAAGAAGCGUAUAAUAUACGAUAUAAUAUAUGGACAUCUGUCCCAAAAUAUACAAGCAUAUAUUUUUAAAAUGUAAAAAAGAAAUGAUCCAUUACAAUUCAUUUUAUUGCUCAGUUCUCAAGAUGGCAAUCCUGUGAUCUGAUUGGCUACUGGUGCAGACAUACAAGCUCAUCUUGACAGCUUUGAUCCCACACAGGCUGCUUUAAAUAAUUAUAAUUUCCCCUUACAGCAGUCUUUAUAGGGAUAGAAUAAUAAAAACUUGACUUGGUCGUUCAUCAAUAAUUCAAAGUUAUUGUAUGGCACAAACAGCCUCAUUUAAAAACUGCAUAAAAAUCCCUGUAGGAGGGCAGUACUGUGACCCAAAUAUUUCCUUGACUGGUUGUCUCACUCAGUCAAAUAGUACAUACAGUGUAGUGUGACAGAAUAAAACCUUUGUAGACAAUAUGCAAAAAUUGUGAUAGAGACCUUAAAAAUUACCAAUUAUUUCUUCCUGUGAGAAUCAUUGAAUUAUAAACCUGCCUAUGGUAUAAAACUUAUCAUGCAUGAUGUAAAUGGCUUUUGUGUGGAUAUUUACACCGUAAUAUUUCCUCAGGAAUUACAGGAGUUAUUUAGUGCCUUUGACAAGGAUGGCAGUGGUGUUAUUGACUUUGAUGAGUUUCUCCUAGCUCUCAGAGUAAGUUUACAUAGUAUUGGUACAAUACCAAGAUUAUAGUUUGUAUUUAAGGAAAAGGAUUAGCCAAAGAAACUUCUUAGAAAUCGGAAGGUGGUUAAAGAACUACUGAGGUAUUAAAACCAUCAUUGAUUGCCUAAAAGCAAUAAUCUUACAAAAAAGAAUUCUUUAAAUAUAGAAUAGGCUCCCUAAACACCUACAAAAUGGUAAGGCAGUGAAACAAAUGUGCAGUCUAACAUCUUUAAAAUGUGGCUCUUUGACCCCAAAACUCUUACGUUCAAAGCUUGCUUUUUAGCUGCAAAUUCAAGUUUGAAUGUGCAGUCAGGCAUUAUCCAUGGAAAUCUGUUUACUUGGACACACUUUACAGACUGAAUCGGACUUCACUCACUCCAGUUACUAUUGUAAACAUUAAUCAAAUGCCACAGAUUUAGGAUUAUGGGUUUAUACUUUGCUCUCAUAAUUUUCCAGCCACCAAUGAGCAAAGCCAGGAAAGAUAUCAUUAAUGAAGCAUUUAAUAAACUGGAUAAGACAGGAGACAGUGUUAUCACAAUAGAUGAUCUCAGAGGGUAAGUGUGCUGGAUAUUUAAAAGGGCCUCAUCUUUCAGUUCAAUUUAUAGCCAUAUGAAACUCUCUGGUUUCAGUAUCUCCUAAGAUCACAUCAGCGAUUCUCCUUACUGUCUGCCUAACAAUUCUUGUGAUGUGAAUAUGAAAGCGAUCUUCACAGUAAUGAACACUACUUGAGCAGUAGUGAAAAUAAGGCCUGAAAAAAAUUCAGGCCUGUACAGGAUUUGAACCCAUGACCUCUGCAGUACCAUUGCAGCACUCUACCAACUGAGCUAACAAGCCAAUUGGGAGCUGCUCAUUAUGUUGGUUCCAAAUAAACCUGUAAAGUAGUGAAUAAACGACUGUGAAUAUAUGAAAGCCAUAUAUUUGAACUGCAGAUAAAAACAUGAAUAUGAAAGUGAUCUUUACAGUAAUGAACACUACUUGAGCAGUAGCAAAAAUAAGGCUUGAAAAAAAUAUUCAGGCCUGUACGGGAUUUGAACCCACUACUGCGCAAGUAGUGUUCAUUACUGGGAAGAUUGCUUUUUAUAUUCACGUCUUUAUCCGCAGUUAAAAUUUUUGACUUUCAUAUAUUCACAGUUGUUGAUUCUUGUGAUAUUAGUUCAGAGAAUUUGGCAUUGGAUCAACUUAUAAUCCCCUUAUUGAUAUUUUUCUUUAUUUCCAUCACUUACAUGUAUCUGCUUGAAAUUUUGAGGAGAAAUUCUGUCUUGGUUACUCAUGGUCAAAAGAAAAGCCAGUUAUAUUUUGGACAGAAUAAUAAUUCUUUGAUUUUUCCUCUCUGCUGGUGGAGGAAAAUUCCAAAAUUUACCUCAUCUGGGAGAAUUUAAGUUAAAUAUAUCAGAGACCAAGAGAUUUGUUUUCAACACUGUUUGUUAUUUUUGUUGUCAGAAUAAUAAUAUUAAUUAUUUUAUUAUCAAAAUUGAUUCAGAGUUUAUAAUGUGAAGAUGCACCCUAAAUACCAGAAUGGAGAAAUGACAGAGGAGCAGAUUUUUACAAAAUUUUUAAAUACAUUUGAAGUGGGCAGCAAUGAAGUGGAUGGAACGGUAAGAUAUAAGAGGGUUCGUUGUUCCUCUUUUCAGAGUUUUUCAUGUUACAUGUAUGCAGUGCAGUAAAUUACCAAAUGAUAGUUGCAUGUAAUCUCAAAAUUAAAGUGAUAGUAUUAAAAGGGAAAACCAGAAAAACAUGAGUCUACUUUUAGACUAAUGCACCAAUCAAUUUGAAGCUUUAACAUUUCUUCCCCCCUUACCCCCCCCCCCCCCUCUAAGCAACCCAUGGGCAUUUGAGCAUCAUCCAUGCCUGAGAGGAGAGGAAUUUGAAACUUAGCUGGCUGGGGUGGGGAAUUUGAACCCAAAGUGUCUAGUAUUUCCAGUGGUAUGCAAGUGUUAUAUCUGUACAGAGGUAUGUAAAGAUAAGUAGUUCAUUUUCUGAUGUGAAUUGCUAAGAUGAUAACUGGUCUAGGGUUUUAAAGCCUGGUCAAUGCGUAGAAAGUUGUGGUUUCUAAUUUUGCCUUUCAUGAAAAAAUUAUCAUCAAAACCGACACUUGGGUGGGGCAUUUGAACACAGUUUUUGGGCAGGGGGGCUGAGGAAAAAGGAUUUUGAGCAAACCAGUCUUCAAAAGUUCAAACGCUUGGAAUUGCUGGUAACUGGCUUUGAUUGAAAGCCCUGGUUUUUCUUAUCUGAUAGAGCAAAGAUUCCUACACUAAAUGUGUUAGUUCAGUGUAUGGCACUUGGCUCUGGGUUGAAAGAUCCACUUUUGAAGCUUGGCUGUGUAAUAGAAAUUGCUAAACAUUUAAAACUUCCCUUUUUCUGUUACUCUUCCAGAUUACUCGUGACGAAUUCAUGAACUACUACGCUGGUGUCAGUGCCUCGAUAGACAACGAUGCCUACUUCAUCCUCAUGAUGAAAAAUGCUUACAAAAUCUAAAGAAAUUCCUCAUUUCUGUCGUAAAUUGAUAUAGGACACACCUUGCACAGCAUUCUUUAGAACUAUUACUGUUCUGUAGCAUACUGUUCAGUGCUAGCUGGAGGUCAAGAGAAAGUUGUUCAGGACAAUUUAUGUG